AUGCGUAUGCUCGAUGAUGAAGAAUCCAACGACGUAGAGGUCAGUUGGGCCGAUCAACAAAAGAUCAAUCAAUUCUCACGUCUAAACAAUCGACAGACCGAAGCAUUGGCCGAAUUAGAAGCGAUUCGAACAGAAAAAGAACAAGUAGAUGAAGUGUUUGAAGAAGUACAAUUACUUGAAAUGAGUGAAGGAUUCGAAGAUGAUCUCGGAACAUCGGACGAUGAAGAUGCAGAAAAAGAAAAAUCAACCAAGACGACAGGUGGCGUGAAAUCAAACUUAAUCCCUUUCAAGAUUGGAGAUGCGUUUGCUCAUGUGACUUUCGAAAAAGCAACUGAACUGUUAGAAAAAGAACAAAAGAGACUUCAGGCGGAGAUUGAACGACUGGAAACGCAAUCGCAAUUGGGAGAAGAUGAAAUGAAAAAGCUCAAAGUCGAUCUUUAUGCUAAAUUUGGCAGUAAUAUCAAUCUAGAAAGGGACUGA